AUGGACCCGACGACAAUAGAUUCAGCGCAAAUCAAAGCCAGUAUACUGGCUGGCAUCAUGAAAGAGCUUGAGUGUGACAUUUGUCUUUCCAUCCUGAACGAAGCAUCAACUACAUUGUGUGGCCAUACGUUCUGUAAAAACUGCAUUAUAAAAGAGAUAGGGGAAAAAGGGAAUUGUCCAACCUGCAGUAAAGAAGCAACUAUAGAGCAAUUGAACCCUGCUGAGCCAUACCAAGGCAUUGUGGAGAAUUUCAUGCAACUAAAACAGGAGUUUGAGCGCAUCAAUGGCAUUGACUUGUCUACCGUCGAAAUCAUGGAUUUAUCAGGGAAUCCCAUCGCAGAUCGAGACAUGGAAGUGCUUCCUGAAGCAUCAGACGCAAAUCAAGACCCAUCCCCAUCAACAGAAUUACCUACAUACCGCAUUUUGCAGAUGACUGAAAAUCCAAUCGAGCACAUUGAUCUACCUGAUGCACGCCUGGAGCACAGGGUUACUGCUGAUGUGACACAUGCUGUCUUUGACAGUGCUGUUGGAACGAAUGGUCUGGUCAAAAAUACCCAGAAAUAUCGUAUGGCAAUCGCAUGUGGUUACCACAUCGUUAACGCAGCUUGGUUGAGAAUUAGUAUAGAAAAAGGCUCUAUACAACCUGAGGAGAGAUUCAAGGUGUGGGGGGAUCUAACAUAUGGCAGAACAGGAGCGCCGAAAAAAGCAUUAGAUAGUAAACUGGACAAGAAAGGGCACUUGCUAAGACAUCUCAAGGUUGGCUUACUUGAUGAUGUGAAAGGCGAAUAUCGUAAAUACUUGGUGGCUGCACGAGCACAAAUUGGAGACUUUGAUGACUUGAUAGUAUGCAAGCUUGAUCAAGACAUUGAGGCAUUGAGAAGCAAGUACCCAGGCAAAAAUUUGAUCUCUCACAAAUGGAUCGAGGCUAGCAUUUGUAGGUACGAACUCGACGAUAAAAGCAAAUACAUCCUGUAA